AUGACUUACACUUUCACUUUCUUCCAUUCUUGCAUCUUCUUGUUCUAUCUUCUCCUUUCAACUCCUUCACGUGCUUCUUCGUUUUCUGGAAUAGAAACUGGAGAUUUAGAAAAAAGGGGUGAUUUGUUUCCGCAGAUUCUAAGAGACGAGGCGGUGGCGAGACUUGUUGAGCUUGGAAAGGUCAGUGAUGCUAGUGGCUAUCUAGAGAGGACAUUUUUGAGUCCUGCCUCGAUGAGGGCGAUUGAUCUUAUUCAAACAUGGAUGGAAGAUGCUGGUUUGAGAACUUGGGUGGACCAAAUGGGAAAUGUGCACGGUAGAGUCGAGGGUGCAAAUGAAAAUACAGAAGCUUUAUUGAUUGGAUCUCACAUGGACACUGUUGUUGAUGCUGGUAAAUUUGAUGGAUCACUAGGAAUAGUCUCUGCAAUAUCUGCAUUAAAGGUUAUGCAUGUCAAUGGAAAGCUGCAAAGUCUAAGGCGUCCUGUUGAGGUGAUUGCAUUUUGCGAUGAAGAGGGUGUGAGAUUUCAAACUACUUUCUUAGGUAGUGGAGCUAUAGCUGGUAUUUUACCUGCUACGACAUUGGAGAUAACUGAUAAGAGGAAUGUAACGAUAAAAGAGGUUCUUAAAGGGAACUCAAUAGAAGCCGCGGAGGAAAUGUUUUUGCAGCUCAAGUAUGAUCCAAAAUCUGUUUGGGGUUAUGUCGAGCUUCACAUUGAGCAAGGUCCUGUGCUGGAACAAGUUGGUUUCCCACUUGGUGUCGUUAAAGGCAUAGCUGGACAGACACGAUUGAAAGUUACGGUUAAAGGCUCACAAGGUCAUGCAGGAACUGUUCCAAUGUCCAUGCGCCAGGAUCCUAUGGUGGCUGCUGCUGAACAAAUUGUACUUAUGGAAAGCCUCUGCAAACAUCCCGAAGAAUACCUUUCUUUUGAUGGUCAUUGCAGUGAUUCAUCGAUAAAAUCACUUUCAAGUUCGCUUGUUUGUACAGUUGGUGAAAUAUCAACAUGGCCAAGUGCUAGUAAUGUCAUUCCAGGCCAGGUUACAUAUACAGUCGAUAUACGAGCAAUUGAUGAUCUUGGACGUGAGGCUGUUAUCUACGAUUUAUCCCAUCGAAUUUACCAGAUAUGUGACAAGCGUUCAGUUUCCUGCCUUAUUGAACACAAGCAUGAUGCAGGUGCUGUGAUUUGUGAUCCUGAUCUAACCUCACAGCUAAAGUCUGCAGCUUAUUCUGCACUCAAGAGAAUGGAAGGUGACAUUCAAGAUGAAGUGCCAACAUUAAUGAGUGGAGCAGGGCACGAUGCCAUGGCAAUGUCUCGCUUAACAAAGGUGGGAAUGCUAUUUGUGCGCUGUCGCGGAGGCAUAAGUCACUCUCCACAAGAAGAUGUACUAGACGAUGAUGUUUGGGCGGCCGGUUUAGCAACCUUAUCAUUUCUGGAAAAUCUAUGA